CUCCCUACCUUGUAGUGUAGGUAUGUACACAAGAUAGGUACCUACGAUAAAUCAAUCCAUUCAUCUUUAGCAUAGCCUCAAGAAUGAGGCCACCCGGUUGGAAUGCAGCUUGUGGUAAUGAUAAAAGAUUGGCUCUAAUGGCUCUAAUGGCUUUAAUGGCUCUAAUGGCUUUGAUGGCUUUGAUACAUAGGUAGCUCUAAGCAAGCGGUUAGCACGGCUCGCGGCUGACGAAGGCUUGGAAACUUUUCCCAAUGUGGUAAUACCUUGAUGCUUUUUUCGUCCCUCUUCCCUUUUUAUUUAUGUAUUCAUGCUUCCGGGGGGGCGACGCAAGUCCUUGGAAUCUCCAUCCGCUUUUCUGAAUUUCACAUUAGUCGUGCUACUCCUACCGAUCCGUACUCUGUUAGGAGUAGAUAGGUGAUGUAUAAUUAGACCGCAACGUGCCACCGCGGUACCAACUGACUACCACUUCAUCUUUCCAUACCGUUGUUCUUUUUUCCUUCUUCUUCUUCUUUUCCCCCGCGUGCUCUUCGAUUGAUCUACAUUUCCGGGGUUCGUUACAGAAGACUAUGCGUACCCUUCCUUUACCCCUGCUCUCGCUUAUUUCGGCGGCCCUCGGAUCGCCAACCGGGAGUAAUGAUGGCUCUCAAUUUUCGGCCGUCGAGGUUCGUGAUGUUUUAAUGGGUCGGGCAAGUCCGGACAACCCGUCCGGUAGUUAUGCACCGGCUAUCGUCGAUUGCCCGAGCGAACGGCCAACGAUCCGCAGCGCCGGAACUCUAUCUCAGUCGGAGCAGAGUUGGUUACGGAACCGCCGAAACAAGACCAUCGAACCCAUGCUGGAAUUCUUUAAGCAGGCAAACCUAUCCGAUUUUGACGCCGUCAACUACGUUAGUUCUAACUCGCAGAAUUUCUCUAUCGUACCUAAUAUCGGUAUCGCCGUCUCGGGUGGUGGUUAUCGUGCGCUUAUGAAUGGUGCCGGCUUUAUCGCUGCAGCUGACAGCCGCACACCGGGUUCGACUGACGCCGGUGGUAUUGGUGGUCUUCUGCAGAGUAGCACCUAUCUAGCAGGACUUUCAGGUGGUGGAUGGUUGGUCGGCUCCAUCUUUGCCAAUAACUUUUCUAGUGUCGUCCAGCUUCGUGACGGCUACCAGGGUUCCUCUCUAUGGCAAUUCUCUAACUCUAUCUUCUCGGGGCCUAAGGAGAGGGGAAUAUCGAUCGUUAACACCGUCUCAUACUGGGAUGAUGUUAAAAACCAGGUUGAUGAUAAGAGGGAUGCGGGAUAUGAUGUUUCUAUCACGGACUACUGGGGACGGGCUCUCUCUUACCAGCUGAUAAACGCACCGAACGGUGGACCGGCCUACACGUUUUCGUCCAUCGCCGAUACUCCUAAUUUCUCCUCAGCCGACACGCCCAUGCCGAUCCUGGUGAGCGAUGAGCGUAGACCGGGCACGACCGUAGUUUCUUUAAACUCGACGGUUCUUGAGUUCAACCCGUGGGAGAUUGGGUCGCAUGAUCCGACCAUCUUUGGCUUCGCUCCUACUCGUUAUGUCGGAUCUAACUUUAGCGGUGGCAUCGUACCUAACAACGGCCACUGCGUCCGCGGAUUCGAUGCGUAUAGUUAUCUCAUGGGAACAAGUAGCUCGCUUUUCAACGCGUUUUUACUACAAAAUAUUUCAUCCUCGGGUCUGCCCGAAAUCGUGACCAGUGCGCUCGAGUCCAUUUUGACCCGGAUCGGCGAAGACAAUGACGAUAUUGCCGCUUGGACACCGAACCCCUUUUAUGGCUACAACAAUGAUACGAACGAUAACGCCGGCGAUGAGCAGCUGACUCUUGUCGACGGUGGCCUAGACUUGCAGAAUAUUCCACUGCACCCGCUAAUCCAGCCGAUGCGCAAUGUCGAUAUAAUCUUUGCGGUUGACUCGUCCGCCGAUACCACGACUUUCUUCCCGAACGGCACCGCCCUGCGUGCUACCUACGAACGCAGUAAGACGGAUAUCGCUAACGGAACCGCUUUCCCAGCCGUUCCGGAUGCCGAGACGUUCAUCAACCUGGGUUUGAAUCAGAAGCCGACCUUCUUUGGCUGCAACACAACCGAGUUCGCCGACGCCGAUCAUAUACCGCCUCUAGUCGUGUAUGUGGCUAACGCGCCUUACACGGCUUAUAGCAACGUGUCUACGUUCAAUCCAUCAUACACAGAUGAAGAGCGUAACUCCUUCAUUAAGAACGGCUACAAUGUGGCCACGAUGGGCAACGGCACCGUCGACACUGAGUGGCCUGCGUGUGUGGCCUGCGCCGUUCUGCGCCGCAGUCUCGAGCGCACCAGCACUCAGAUCAGCGCUACCUGCCAGCGCUGCUUCGACCGCUACUGCUGGAACGGUACGACGGACAGCACGCCCGUCAACAGCUACGAGCCUUCACCGAUACUGGCAUUAGACGCCCAAAGUUUUGGGGUCAGCGUGAAGGGCGGGGCGGCAACAGGGAUGGUGUACGGUGUCUUUGGGCUUGUGGCCAUUCUUCUUGCAUUCUAA